CAGCGCGAAACUCUGAAGUCCAAACAAACUGGGCAAAGAAAUCAGGCGUAGCAAGCGGAUGGAGAAUAUAGCGAACCCAAACGAACCAAAGCUCCCCUCCCUCCUCUAUCCCCCAACGACCUUUCGCGAGAUCGGAAGUAGUAACUCCUCGCCGCAACAGCCGGCCUAUAGGCUUUCCUCCCCUCCCUGCGACGCCGCGCGCACUCCUCUCGAAACAGGGGAGUCCCGAGGCGAUUGAUUAAACGGGACUCGGAGGAAGUUUUCGGCGGGGGAACUCGGUCGGCUUCGCCAUGGCCGGGGCAGAAACGGCGGUGGACUCCGGCGAGAAGCGCCUCAACGAGCUCGGCUACAAGCAGGAGCUCCGUAGGGAGAUGACGCUGUUCAAGACGCUGGCAAUCUCCUUCUCGACGAUGACGCUCUUCACGGGGAUCACGCCGCUGUACGGGAGCAGCCUGCAGUACGCCGGGCCGGCGCCCCUCGUGUGGGGCUGGGUCGUCGUCUCCUUCUUCACCUGGUUCGUCGGCAUUGCAAUGGCCGAGAUCUGCUCCUCCUUCCCUACCACCGGUUCUCUGUAUUUCUGGGCUGCUCAUCUGGCUGGGCCGGUCUGGGGUCCAUUGGCAUCUUGGUGCUGCGCUUGGCUUGAGGCCAUUGGCCUCAUUGCCGGAAUCGGCACACAGGCGUACGCGGGAUCCCAGGUGCUGCAGAGCAUAAUUCUGCUGUGCACCGGCACAAACAAAGGCGGCGGCUACCUGGCCCCUCGCUGGCUGUUCCUCGUCAUGUACCUCGGGUUAACGUUCAUCUGGGCCGUGCUCAACACUUUCGCGCUGGAGGUCAUCGCCGUCCUCGACAUGAUCUCCAUGUGGUGGCAGGUGAUCGGCGGGACGGUCAUAGUGAUCCUGCUGCCGCUGGUGGCGAAAACCACACAACCAGCGUCGUACGUGUUCACGCAUUUCGAGACGGCGCCGUCGGUGACCGGGAUCAGCAGCGUCUCCUACGCGGUGGUGAUGUCCUUCCUGGUGAGCCAGUACUCGCUGUACGGGUACGACGCGGCGGCGCACCUGACGGAGGAGACCAAGGGCGCCGACAAGAACGGGCCCAUCGCCAUCCUCUCCAGCAUCGGCAUCAUCUCCGUCUUCGGCUGGGUGUACAUCCUGGCGCUCACCUUCAGCAUCCAGGACUUCGCCUACCUCUACGACCCGACCAACGAGACGGCCGGCACCUUCGUCCCGGCGCAGAUCCUCUACGACGCCUUCCACGGGCGGUACAACAGCUCCGCCGGCGCCAUCGUGCUGCUCUUCGUCAUCUGGGGAUCCUUCUUCUUCGGCGGGCUCUCCAUCACCACCAGCGCCGCCCGCGUGGUGUACGCGCUGUCGCGUGACCGCGGCGUGCCGUUCUCGUCGGUGUGGCGCCGGAUCCACCCGAAGCACAAGGUGCCCGGGAACGCCGUGUGGCUGUGCGCGGCGGUGUGCGCGCUGCUGGGGCUGCCGAUCCUCAAGAUCAACGUGGUGUUCACGGCCAUCACCUCCGUGGCCACCAUCGGCUGGGUCGGCGGAUACGCGGUGCCCAUCUUCGCCAGGAUGGUGAUGAAGGAGGAGAACUUCCGGCCCGGCCCGUUCUACCUCCGGGGGGCCAGCAGGCCCGUCUGCCUCGUGGCGUUCCUGUGGAUCUGCUACACCUGCGCCGUGUUCCUGCUCCCCACCGUGUACCCCAUCAAGAUGGACACCUUCAACUACGCGCCCAUCGCGCUGGGAGUCGUGCUGGGGCUCAUCAUGAUCUGGUGGGUCGUCGACGCCAGGGAGUGGUUCAAGGGCCCCGUCAGGAACAUCGACGAGCACAAUAACGGCGACGACAAUGGCAAGGUCUGAGUGAUCGAUCGAGCUAGCUCCUGUGACGUGGGCGCGUGUGAUCUGUUGUAUCGGCUGGUGUGCGAGUUAGCUUAGAUUGUGGCGACCUGUGUGUCAUACGGAAGGAAUUUAGAUGUAGAUCGAUGCACAAAACCUUAAUGAAGCAAACCGUUUUGAAGAACAAACUGACCACGACCUGAAGCGUGAACAAUGAAGGCAUGAAGCCGCCUUUUCAUUCUUCUUUCGAAAGCGCUGUGUGAGCUGAACGAAGAGCACUACGUGGUAUGGAGGUGGAUCAUUAUAAUCCCAUUCGUUCUACUCGUUUUUGAGUGUUUUGUUAUUUGGUAUGUACUGUUUAUUAUUUGACUAUCUAUUUUUUUCCGCUUU